GCUGUGGCCGGGGAGCAGCGGGGCGGGAGGGCUGAGGGGGCAGAGACACCCCUGCCCUGCCCUGCCCUGCCCGGGUGUGCGGCCAGGGGUGACAGGGACAGGAAGGAGGCUGCGGUCACGGCCCUCAGCUGACCCCCGGAAGGCACUGUAAAUCCUGGAUUCUCCAUUCCCAUGGCUGGGCACCGAGGAGCUGCCUGAUGACCUCAGAACACGCUGAUGCUGUUUUGUCAGAAGAGAGAUGGGCAAAAGGUACUUCUGUGACUACUGUGACAGGUCCUUCCAGGACAACCUGCACAACAGGAAGAAACACCUCAAUGGAGUGCAGCAUCUCCGGGCUAAGAGAGUCUGGUACGACCUAUUCCGAGAUGCUGCUGCUAUCCUGCAGGAAGAGCAAACCAAGAAACCUUGUCGGAAGUUUCUGCAAACAGGACAGUGUGAUUUUGGGUCCAACUGCAGAUUUUCCCACAUGACAGAGCAGGACCUGGAGAAGCUGAAUGCCCAGGUUCAAGGGGAGAAGAGGCUGAAGGAGCUGCAGAGGGAGGGAGCAGAUAUCCCACCGGGCGCCAUCGAGGACUGGCUGGACAAGAGAGCCCAGAGGCUGAGCGCAGCUCAGAGUAGCAGUGCUCUUCUUGAGAAACCAACACCAUUCCAGUACCCCCUGGGUUGGCCACCAGUGCAGGAGCUGCCCCCGUCCCUGCAGGCCCCCCCACCUGGGGGGUGGCCAGUGCCCCCCAACCUGCAGUGGGGCUGAGGCACCCCCAGAGCCUGGCUGGGACUGGCUGUCUCUUCUCUGGGAAAGGGACAGGAUUAUUUAUACACACUUUUAUUUCAAUAAACGCUCCUUCCGCCCGUUGCA